GGAAUGGCGCUGCCCGCGCUGAAGGGAGGACGGGGAGGACGGGGAGGAGGAGAAGGAGGAGGACGCGUCCCUCCCUUCCCGCCCUCGGCUCCUCCUCGCCUCAGCGACCCGCUCCUCUCCGCACGCCGCCCCCCUCCUCGGCUUUUUUUUUUUUUUUUUUUUUUUUUUUUUUCUCGUCAGCCGCUGUAGAAACCCAGUGGAGCCCGAUGUGGUGUUGGCUGGUUUUCAGCCCGCUGCGGCUCCAGGCCGCUGGCACCCACCAGCAAAACGGCAUGCUGGGCGAUGGAAAAGGGCGUGGUGGGAGACGGGUGCCUGCGGGAAAGGGGAGGAAGCGAGAGGCAGGGGAGCCAAAGUGCGACCGCAGGGGGAAGGCAAGCGCCACGCCUCGGUGGUGGGGCCCGCGGGGGACCUUUCGCUGACAGUGUGCUUACUGCAGGUCGUGGUUUGGUGCCGCAGUUACCAGACAGUACUGGGGGAGGAGGCGCGCAAAGACGCCAAAACGUCGUUGCAGGAAGUCUGAGAUAUGGCAAAUGUGAGGGGCUGCUGCUUGUCCCUAGAGAAGCUGGAAAGCCUUCCCAGGAGAUGUGAUGAGCUGACCAAGCUCUCACACAACACCCGGGUAAGUCUCAGGAAAAGUUACUGAAAGGGCUGGGUACACCUACGAGCACUUUGCUGUGUUCUUACUCUAAGGACUAGUGGGCAUUGAAGGCUCGGAGAACUUUUCCCUUCAUUCCAGCUGGGCUUGGAUGAGAGCCCCAGAGAACACGCAGUAACCCAAUAUUGUGAAAUUAUGAAAUGUGUUAAGAGAACACCCUUAUUUUCUGAGUAUGGAAAGAGGCUGGUGUGUGGUAUUUGCUGCUGUAGGGGAACAGGAAUGUCUGCUUCAUUCCACGAUUACAGGGUAUGGAGCAGCAAGUUAACGCUUAACUAGGCAAUCAUAAUUUUAUUCAAUCUCUCAAGAUUGUUAAAAGUACAGUGGAAAAAGCCUGGAGUGGCUUUAUUACUUGACACACAACCACCACCCGACGACGCCAUUCGCCGCCCCUCUAGACGAGGAGCUCGGCGCUCUCCACAGCGGGGGGCUGCCGGCCGCUGCGCAGGGGGCGAGCGGGCGGGUCGCUCGCCUUACGCAUUCUGCGUGCCGCGCUAGGCAGGAGGCGAGCGGGCGGGUCGCUGGCCGUACGCACUUUGCGUGACGCGCUGGGCGGGCGCGGCGCGUGCGCGGUGCCGAGGCGGUGGCCAUGAAGGUGGCGGUGGCCGGGUGCUGCCAUGGCGCCCUGGACAAGCUGUACGAGACGCUGGAGCUGCUACAGCGGCGGCACGGCGUGCGGCCCGACCUGCUGCUCUGCUGCGGCGACUUCCAGGCCGUGCGCAACGAGGCGGACCUGCGCUGCAUGGCCGUGCCCGCCAAGUACCGCCACAUGCAGAGCUUCUAUCGGUACUACUCCGGCGAGAAGAAGGCUCCGGUCCUCACCGUAUUCAUCGGCGGCAACCACGAGGCUUCCAACCACCUGCAGGAGCUGCCCUACGGCGGCUGGGUGGCGCCCAACAUCUACUACCUCGGUUACGCGGGCGUCGUGCGGUUCCGCGGCGUGAGGAUCGGAGGCAUCUCGGGCAUCUUCAAGUCUCACGACUACCGGAAAGGUCACUUUGAAUGUCCACCAUACAACCAGCAAACAAUUAGAAGUGCUUACCAUGUGCGGAAUAUCGAGGUCUUCAAACUCAAGCAGUUAAAGCGCCCAAUGGACAUAUUUAUGUCACACGACUGGCCAAGGAGCAUAUAUCACUAUGGAAACAAGAAGCAGCUUCUUAAAAUGAAAUCCUUCUUCCGUCAAGAAGUGGAGAGCAACACGUUAGGAAGCCCUGCUGCUUCAGAGCUUCUGCAGCACCUGAAACCCAGUUAUUGGUUCUCAGCACAUCUCCAUGUUAAGUUUGCAGCUUUCAUGCAACACCAGACAAACUCCAAAGAAGAACUACCAAAGGCAACGAAGUUUUUGGCUUUGGAUAAAUGUCUGCCUCACAGAGACUUCCUGCAGAUAAUAGAUGUAGAGCAUGAUCCUACUGCAGGUGACUCGCUGGAGUACGAUGCUGAGUGGAUUGCAGUCCUUAAGGCUACCAACAGUCUCGUUAAUGUGACUCAGAGCUUGUGGAAUAUGCCUGAAAAUAAUGGCCUCCAUGCAAAGUGGGAUUACAGUGUAACGGAAGAAGCCAUCAAGGAGGUGUUAGAAGAGCUGAAUCAUAACCUCAAAAUUCCUUGCAACUUCACCUUGACAGCUGCUUGUUAUGAUCCCAGCAAGCCCCAAAAAAACAUGGAACCAGUCCAUACCAUCAAUCCACAGACCACUGAGUUUUGUGCCCAGUUUGGCCUCACUGACAUCAAUGAUAGGAUCCAGCAAGUUAAAGAAGAGGGCUCAGUACGAGCAUAUGAGGAGGAGGAGGAGGAGGAAGAGAUGGACAGUACUGGGUCAGCAGAGGAACCCAGUGAAUAUAAUACAGAUAAUUCUGGACUUUCAUCCAUUAAUCCCGAUGAAAUAAUGCUGGAUGAUGAAGGAGGUGAUGAAGACUUGAGUACGUGUUCUGUAGAUCCUUCCCCUGAUCAUCCUCCUGAGUUUUCUGCAAGUUUUUCUGAUAUCAGGAUCAUGCCAGAUUCCAUGGCAGUAUCAUCUGAUGAUGCUAUGGACUCCAAUAAUGAGGAACUGGAGAAAUCUGGCGUGUGUAAGCAGGCAGAAGAGAAGAGCUUGAAUGAGAGACCUUUAAAGCGCAUUGGUGGUAAUGAAAAUGGGAACACGGGCAUUAAAAAAAUUAAGAGACGGAAUCAAGCCAUCUAUGCUGCAGAGGAUGAAGAUAAAACAGACUAACACUUCUGUGUUACAUAACUAAGUUCUCUCCCUACUCCUUUAUGCAGAGGUGGUGAGAACUAUGGUGAACUACUCAUGCUUUUAACAUUAUUUGAUCUUAUUCACGCUGCUUUCUUGAGGUGAAGAGGCUCUAUGUACCUCUUUCAGGGAAGAAUAUUUAGUUUGAUUAAACAUCUAAGCCAGAAGCAAAGUUUUCCAACAAAGUGCUUUGUCAAAGGACUUAAAGCCCAUGUAUAAUCAGUCGAUUUUGCUUCGGUUCUCGGUUAUUAAUGUAUAUAUACUAUGUAUCUUGAGCUGUACUGCUAUUCAAGAAUCACCGUGCUGGUUUAACAGGAAAAGAACUCUUACUCAAGUCAAAGUGAGAGGAUGCCUGACUUAUGAGACUGAACUAUUUGAUUUUAUUGCUUUUGUCUUGUUUUAUACUGAACUUUUAAUACAAAGUAGCAUAUGCAAUAACUGCGUGAACUAAAUUUGGAAGUAGAAUUCCCAGGAUAACAAAACAGCAAUAGAAGAGUGAGGAUUUUUGCUUCUGCUGACAUUCAUACCAUAGAAAAGCUUCGUGGUCAUAAACAAAACAAUGUGUAUUGUCUAGUAUUGGCUUUUAAUUACUGUUUUGGUACAGAACCAAGUCCCUUAAUUUGAGGCAUGACAGUUUUAUGAGGACCAUGCAAGAGAACAUCUCUGUUCUUAAAAACUCACUUGUGUGCUGUUUCUUAGAAGUUGAGAACCAUAUCGUAAAAUUAAAACGCAUCUGUUUACGAUGAACAGCUUUCUAAACAUGGACAUCAUCACUGUAUCAAUUCUCACUAAUUAAGGCUGUGUUGUAUUUUCCUGCAAAGUGACUGAUGCUUCAGACAGCAAUGCUUACCAUCAUCUUUAGCCUACCUUUUCACCUGACACUUCUUUUCAGUAGGAUGUAAAUUCCUAAUUCUUACAGCUCGGUCUGGAAUUUUCCAAAAUACCUUCAUGGACUUUACCUAUGGCUGGGCAGCUCCUGUUCUCUUUCAGAUCUUCUUGGAAGUUUUCUUUUUAUUCUUCUUACUCUUCUUCAGUUUUCCCUGAAUUAGCAAACAUAUCAUGCUCCUUUUGGCCUAGAAGGCUGUGAGGAUAACAAAACUUAGCGAAUUCAUGAAAACAAGUGUUUUCAAGUACAAUGGCAUGCCAUUAGACUCAUUAGCCUUACAGUCAGCUUCUGCUGGUGUUCUGUGCUGAGCUUUCAGAAUCAGAGAAGGAAUUCCUCAUGACUGUGCCGCCCUUGAGAUGAGCAGUAGUUCCAGUGUGCUUUUACUCAUCUAAGGCCCAAGCACUAUGGAGAAGAAAGCAUUCCUACAGGAAAGGAGAACUGGACAGGGAGCCAUGAGUAAAAAUAGACUGGUGAGUUGUAGCAGGGAAAUGCUUCAACUUGUCUUUAAAAUCAGUCAAAUUCUGGGAUUCAUCUUGGUUUCUCUCCUGCCAGCAGGUCACUAUGCAAACAAAACGCAUAUAAGUAUUCAAGAACUGGCAAAUGUCAAAAUUAACGCUCUCCACAGUUCUGAUUAACAGCUUUAUAUUGGUGUGCUGAUACCAUUAACAUCCCGGGUUUCUUUUUUGUUCCAGAGGACAGUAUCUUGUUUACUAAAUGAUUAGUUGGAUCCUAUUAAUAUUCGUGUAUCUCUCUGUGCCUGCUCAUCUGUCAGAAAACCCACCAAAGAGAACUGUGAUAAGAUGUGAUAAAGAAUUGGGACAGUUUGGUGUAACCCCCAGGUUAUCUAAAGUAGCUGUUAAGGUGGCCUAGGUUACUGAAAAUAGUUCAGUAUCUUUAAGGGUCUUGGGUCUGCAACGUUAAAACCUUAAUCAUGCCUGCAUUUCCUUGUGAUAUGAAGACUAUCAUGGUAAUAAAGUAUUUCCUCUGUACCAUCGAAAA